CAUUUUUGGUUCUUAGCGUUAGUGCAGAGCUUGAAGUUUGCAUUACUGGUAUUCUAGCGCUGAAAUAUGCCUCACUAAUGAUCCAUAACUCUAAAAUCAUAUUAGGUGCAUUAUGCCAAGUAGAAUGAGAAAAAAAGACUUAAUGGUGGGGUUUUUUUUUUCCAACUGAAAUAAAAUAAAAACCAGACUAGAAAAAAGAAUGUAUCCAUAAACGAAUUAAACACAUUGUUGCUGAGACGUCUACCUGAUUGUAAGUCAUCACACUUCAUAAGUAUUAUUAAUUACUACACUAUUAUUUACACAGAUGUGAAAACUAAGUUUACAAAAAUAUAUAAAUAAACCAAUACAAGUGAAAACAUUCUGGAAACUUACUGAAAAUGAAAAAUAGUUUUUAAGAAGUUUGUAGUUAGUUGCAGAGAUUAUUUAGGUGCCUUAUUUUUGCGACAGAAUAUGAGGUUUUGUUAUACAGUUCACUUUACCGACAAGAAAAUUUCAGUAAUGUUUUUCACAAGAGCUGUUAGAAAAGUGAAAGCAUAUCUGUAGGCUGAAUUCUGUAAUCUAUUUUAAGCUCUAAACAUUCAUUUGCUGCUAGAGUCGGGUUCUUUAUAUGAAUUUUUCAUCUGCUUAUCAUCCAUUUACAAAAUCUAACAGAACUUAAUUAACCAACAUGUCAAAUCUUUAUAAUUUAUGCACAUUUAAUCUAUAGUUCAAAACAUUCUUCUUUACAGUCUCAACAUAAAAUGCUCCCGCAUCUCUCUACUGUUUCUGAUUGUCAAACAACAGUUUGAUUGUCCACAGAAGUCACUUCAUCUAGUAUUAGUGCACAAACAAGAGCUAGCUAAACAAAGGAGCAAAGUCAUAAUCAUUAUCAGUUAUUGUCAUAAAUGUAAUGGAUAGAGGGAGUUUCCACUGAGUGUUUUACUGUUAUAUCAGCCUAUCUGCUUUCGCUUCCUCGUUUUGGUGAACAUAUAAAUGCUGCAGAUUAAGUCAUCUUCCUGAAUCGUCGUACAACACACAUGCAACAUGUACACUCGUAAGCUUAUCCUGUUUGUGGCUGCCUCUCUUUUCAGUCCAGUUCUCACAGAUGAAGACUUUUACCAAGUGAGAGCAUGCUGUACAUUCAAAGGGCCACACUUUGAAAAAACCGAGUACAUAUUAACUAGUAUUUUUAAUAAGAACUUGAUGAUGGAGUACAACAGCACAAGAGGCAACUGGACGGGAUUCACAGCGUAUUCAAUUGAAGCAGCAAAAUGGUGGAACAGGGAUCCCUUUGAUGCACUAACAAGAAAGAUUGAAAGGAAACUGUUGUGUACGGACACAUCAGACCUCAUCCAAUCCAUAUAUAAUCUGACAACUAUACCCACCGUCAGACUAAAAUCAGUGAAAAGGCCUAAUGGCGAGCACGCAUCUACGCUUGUGUGCAGUGCCUACAACUUUUAUCCAAAACAAAUCAGAAUGAUGUGGAUGAGGAACGGCCAGGAGGUGACCACAGAUGUCAGUUACUCUGACGUGAUGCCUGAUGGUGACUGGUACUACCAGACUCAUUCCUACCUGGAGUACAUCCCAACUUCAGCAGAAAAAAUUGCCUGUAUGGUCGAACACCUUGGUCUCUCCGAGCCGAUGUUUGUGGUCUGGGACCCCUCCCUCCCAGUGGAACAACGAACUCAAAUAGCUGUUGGGCUGUGCGGACUCGUGACUGGAUUUGUUAUUGCAAUAUCUGGAAUCAUCUACUAUAAUAAGAAGUCUGCUGCAUACAUCACUGUGUGUCAAAGACAAGUGUUCAUUCCUGUGGAAUCCCUUCCUGAAGCUGGAGCAACUUAACAGCCUGAGCAAACAGGCUCAAGAAAAUACAGGCACGCUCCAUCCAAGGUGCCCCAAAUAUCACAGCUCUCUGAAUAACGAUGUCUGUUGUGAGUGACUGGGGCUUUGCAUUUUUUACCUACGGGACAGAGGAUACAUUUGUAAUGUAGUUAAUACUCUUAUACAGUAUAGUAAUAUAAUUUUAUAGAAAAAUGAUUACACUGUAUCUACUGCCAUUAACCCUCAUUAAGCAGUAAACCCUGUGAGUUAACCAGUGGUGAAAGUGGAAAAGUAGAAAAACCCUGGAAUAAUAGGAUGGUUCAAAAGCUACCCACAGUAUGCACACCCACAUGGUACCUUCCUAGCAAUUAAGUAAGAGAAUGAUUAUCUCCAACUAUAUAGAACCAACUAACAUUUUGUUUAUUAAUCUGAAUACCCUGAAAUUUUAUGAUUUAGUUGAAUAUAAAAUGGCACAGAUAAUGUAUAAAGCACAAAAUAACUUGCUUUGCCACAGUACUCAGAAGCUGUUUAAAGUCAGAGAAAGUCAAUAUGGGAACAGGUUUCUUUAAAAAACACACAAACAAGAUAAGGACAAACAUAAAGCAAAGAUGUGUUUCUAGAGGAGUUAACUUGUGGAAUAGUUAUGACAGUGAUUUAAAAAGGUGUAGUUCAUUUUCCUUGUUUAAAAACAUGUUUAAAAAUAGAGUAUUAGAAAAAUAUAUAAAUCAAGAAUGAAAAGAGCAAUAAUAAUAAUAAUAACAAUACUGAAACUCUUGGUUGUUUUGCUUUGAUGUAGUUGCUUAUCUAAGGUGGAACGUUUUUUGUUUUGUCUCUUGUGUGUUUUUUUGUUUUGUUGCUUUGCUUUGUUUUUUUCUUUGCUUCGAGCCCUGUGUAAAGGAGCCGCAUGGGUUGAAAGGGUUGGCGUAAUAAGCAUAUGCUUCAGCCUAUACCUUUUGAUUAGCCUUGUCUUGUGCUUUCUUACUUUGUGGUAAUCUUUAUUCUGUUUUCACUGAGAUAUUUGAAUGCUACUCAAAAAAAAUCUCACCAUCGAGGCAUCAAACAAAUAUCUAGCACAGGUCCAACCGGUGGGGAUACUUACCGCUAUACCAACAAGGAAGGCUAAUAUAUGAGAAGAUGCAGUACCCAGAAGGUAAUGCAAAGAAGCAACAUUCAGCGGUGUAAACAGUUGGAAACAGAGUUGAAUCCGACCUGAUAAUAAAUCCACAACGUCCACGGAUCACUCUAUAGAUAGACAGAGAAAUACUUUAUUGAUCCCACAACAGAAAUUAUUGUGUUACAGCAGGAGGAUCAAAAGAAUAAAGAAAUAAAAUUUUAUAUAAAUACAACAAUGAUUAAAACAAAAAAUCCCCAAAGAAAAUAAAAAUCAGGUUAAGUUAAAGGAAACGUAAAAGUACGACUGACAGCAAUUUCAGAACAAGCAAGAAGCACUCAGAGUGCAAACCUCUGCCAUGGCUUUCAAUCUGUGGGCAGUAUUUACUUUUAAGGGAAUAGUGUCACGUAAGUGGUGAACAGUAAGAGGAUAAACAGGUUUUAGUAAAAACAAAGGUAGCAUUGUGUAAAACAGGAACUGAUCUGUUUGGAAGAUGUUCAGCAGCACUAAGAAAUAAACCAGGGGAAAACCCACAGGCACUCAUUUAAGCACACCUGUUCUUUGAUGUUAUCGCUUUCUGCCAAUCACUCUGUGGCCAAGUACCUUAUGAAGGCACUUAAUUUCAACCUUACACCAUUUGGCAAAGGCCUAGUGCUGUCACUUUACACAACCUGAUUGACACGCACACACAUUCUGAAUUCACCUCUUCAGAAUGAGGAAACUACAGUGUUUUAUAAACCACAUGCAGAGUUGAGAGUUACAGACAUUCAGACUUCAUGUGGCCUUCAUAUUAGCUCAAGAACAGUGCAUAGAGAGCUUCAACAACAACACUCAAGACAGAGCUUAUGAUAUCACUGCAGUCAGCCUCUCUGAUACUCUAGCUGGGGUCUCUGGACUGUCCCUCUGUCUGAUUUUAAAACUUGAGGCGAGGUUUGCUGUGAUUCUGUGAUUUUUAUUCAUUUAUUUUGGUUUUAUGAUUUUAUUCUGCUGAAAACACAUGUUUAUAGAUUAUCUUUCUAGCUUUCUGGGGUUUUUUUUUUUGAGUAUGCAGCCAUUUGCAUCUCUGCAAGUAUGUAUGUAUGUUGGAAUGAAUGUCUGACUGCGUGGUGAAAUAUGUGUAAUUAUCUUUAAUGUAUGGCUUUUAUUUAAACUGUGAAUAACUGUAACUCUGUGUUUUGAAGAGUGCUAUACAAAUAAAGCUAUUAUUAUUUGUGA